AUGAGUACAACAUACUCUGCUGAGUCUGCCAGCUCAUAUAUGAAGGCCAUGCAGGUCAUGGCCAACGCCGCAGACUCUUUUUCUUCUGAAAUAGAUGGUUCAGUAGUCGCUCGAUCUUUGAAUACUGGCAAUAGGACAACCGACAGGGCUAGUGGUUAUAAAGCUCCGCUGACAGUGUUGGCUCAGGACAAGAACGAAUGGGAUGCAAUUUUUGAGCAGUUCGAUGACGUGUCUUUCGAGAAACUAAAAAAUGUUCUAAAAUCAUACAAGAAGACCAACACAAUGGCUACUUAUAAAAAGCUACUUCGCCUUAUCAAGAGCUCCUCGAGCCCCUUGCCUCAGGAUGAACUGUUGAAGUGGAUUCUGGAACUGAUAAAUACCUAUGACAAGACUCAAUUGGAAAAAGAGUUAUUGAAUUUCUUAGGAGCAGAAAAUGUUGAUCUCAUAUCCUUUCUAUUGCAGGCGAGAAAGCAGCUUACUGCCCACCCCAGAGAGUACAUUGAGCAGAUGGUCAAGGAGUCAGAGAAUACACCACAUCUCAUGACUGAGAAGGAGAUAAAAGAACAGGUUGCUGAAAAUGCUUUUCUGGCAAAGAACCAGCGGUUGGAUGCAGCGCGAAAGGCGAUCAAGUAUCCCCAUGUGUUUAGAAAAUAUGAGCAAGGAGGCUCGUCUAUAUUGUCAGUCUCUGGUCAGAAGUUUACGUUGCCGAUUGGUACCACCCGGUCGUCAUAUCAAACUCAUGAGGAAAUUAUUAUUCCUGCAGCAGAUCAAACUGUUCAUAGCAAAUCGCUUUAUACAAAGCUGCUGAAAGUAGAGGAGCUUGAUUAUUACUGUCGAGCGGUUUUCAAUUACGAGACUUUGAAUCAAAUUCAAUCGCUUGUGUACCCUGUUGCUUACCAGACAAAUGAAAACAUGUUAAUCUGCGCUCCAACAGGGGCAGGUAAGACUGAUGUAGCUCUUCUGACGGUUUUGAAUUUGAUAAAGCAGUUUUCGAUCAUUGAUGAGGAAGAAGACUUUGAUAUUCAGUACGACGACUUUAAGAUUGUUUAUGUUGCCCCAUUGAAAGCUCUUGCUGCUGAGAUUGUAGAGAAAUUUCAGAGGAAACUCUCGUUUUUCGAUAUUAAGGUCAGGGAAUUGACAGGCGAUAUGCAACUAACCAAGAGUGAAAUCGUUGAAACUCAGGUUAUUGUUACAACGCCAGAAAAAUGGGACGUUGUGACCCGAAAAGCGAAUGGUGAUAACAGCCUUGUUUCAAAGGUAAAACUUCUUAUUGUUGACGAAGUACAUCUGUUGCAUGAAGAUCGAGGCUCAGUGAUUGAAACUCUGGUCGCAAGGACAUUGAGACAGGUUGAAAGCUCACAGUCAAUGAUUCGUAUCGUGGGUCUAUCAGCAACUCUACCGAAUUUUAUGGACGUAGCUGAUUUUCUGGGCGUCAACAGGCAGGUGGGAAUGUUUUACUUCGACCAAUCCUUUCGACCAAAGCCACUGGAGCAACAGCUUUUAGGUUGCAGAGGCAAGGAAGGUAGUAAACAAUGCAAGGAAAACAUUGAUAAGACAGCGUAUGAGAAACUCGCAGAAAUGAUAGAAAAAGGUUUUCAAGUGAUGGUCUUCGUUCACUCAAGAAAGGAAACGGUCAAAACUGCAAGGACCUUUAUCAGCAUGGCUCAAUCUAACGGGACACUGGAUAUGUUUGCACCUGAUUCGGUAGACUCAGCAAAGUACUCAAAAGAACUUGCUAAAAAUAGAGAUAAGGAUAUCAAGGAGAUCUUUCAAUUUGGAUUUGGUGUUCAUCACGCUGGGCUCGCUCGUACUGAUCGUAAUUUGACUGAGCGAAUGUUCAAAGAUCGUGCCAUUAAAGUUUUAUGCUGUACGGCAACUUUAGCAUGGGGGGUCAAUCUGCCUGCUGAUUGCGUCAUCAUAAAGGGAACUCAGGUUUAUGACUCCAAGAAAGGUGGCUUCACAAACUUGGGAAUUUCUGAUGUGAUUCAGAUUUUCGGUCGUGCCGGUAGGCCCGGAUUUGGUUCAGCUAACGGUACUGGUAUUUUGUGCACCUCGAGCGACGCACUAGACGACUAUGUUUCACUGCUGACACAGCAGCAUCCCAUCGAAUCCAAAUUUGGUUCGAAGCUUGUGGAUAACUUGAAUGCUGAAAUCUCUCUUGGUAGUGUUACUAAUGUUGAAGAAGCUGUGCAAUGGCUAGGUUACACCUAUAUGUUUGUCAGAAUGAGAAAAAAUCCCUUUACAUACGGGAUAGAUUGGGAAGAGGUGGCCAACGAUCCUCAGCUUUACGAUAGAAGAAAAAGCAUGAUAAUAAACGCAGCAAGGAGACUUCACUCACUCCAGAUGAUUGUCUUUGACGAUGAAUCUUUCAAUUUCAUACCGAAAGAUUUGGGUCGGGUCUCCUCCGAUUUCUACCUGUUGAAUGAAUCCGUUGAGAUUUUUAACCAGAUGUGUGACCCAAGAGCAACCGAGGCAGACGUCUUGUCAAUGAUUAGUUAUAGUAGCGAGUUUGAUGGAAUUAAGUUUAGAGAGGAAGAGGCAACUGAGCUCGCGCGAUUGUCGGAGAUUGCUGCCGAAUGUCAAAUUGCUGGGAAUCUCGAUACACCACAAGGUAAGACUAACCUGCUUCUACAAGCAUAUAUUUCCCAAAGCCGAAUAAUGGACUCAGCAUUAGCCUCAGAUUCUAACUAUGUUGCACAGAACUCGGCCAGAAUAUGCAGGGCACUCUUCUUAAUAGGGAUGAAUAGAAGAUGGGGACAGUUCUCCAGAGUUAUGUUAGAUAUCUGCAAGUCAAUUGAGAAAAGAAUAUGGGCGUUUGAUCAUCCUCUUUGUCAAUUUGAGCUCCCUGACACAAUAGUUCGACAAAUUAGAAGUAAAAAUCCUUCUAUGGAACAACUUUUGCAACUUGAACCGGAAGAGCUGGGUGAACUAGUUCAUAAUAGAAAAAUGGGAAGCAAGCUAUUCAGUGUAUUGAAGAAAUUUCCUAAAAUUGAAAUUCAUGCCGACAUUUUUCCAAUCACUAGCAAUGUUAUGCGUAUACAUGUCACACUAGAACCAGACUUCCUAUGGGAUUAUAGAAUUCAUGGUGAUGCUCAAUUUUUUUGGAUAACUAUUGAAGAAUCUGAUAAAUCCCAAAUACUGCAUUUUGAAAAGUUCAUCCUGAAGAAAAGGCUACUAAAAAGCUCUCAUGAGAUGGAUUUUAUGAUUCCGCUAUCUGAUCCACUUCCUCCACAAAUUGUUGUGAAGGCCAUUUCUGACUCAUGGAUUGGCUGCGAGUCUGUUCACAUCAUAUCAUUUCAGCAUUUGAUUAGACCGCAUAAUGAGACAUUGCAGACAAAAUUGCAAAGACUAAGACCUCUGCGGAUUAAAGCCCUGCAUAAUCCACUCGUUGAGUCAAUUUACCCUUUCAAAUACUUUAAUCCUAUGCAAACAAUGGUGUUUCACACUCUGUACAACACUAACGAGAACGUUUUUGUUGGUUCACCGACUGGAUCCGGUAAAACAGUGGUUGCGGAGCUAGCCAUUUGGCAUGCAUUUAGAGAUUAUCCUGGUAAGAAAAUUGUUUACAUUGCGCCCAUGAAGGCUCUAGUGCGUGAAAGGGUAGAUGAUUGGAGGAAGAGAAUCACUCCGGUUACGGGAGAUAAAGUUGUUGAACUCACCGGUGAUUCUAUACCUGAUUCUCGCGAUAUCAAGGACUCAACAAUUGUGAUUACGACGCCUGAAAAGUUUGACGGUAUCUCACGUAACUGGCAAACCCGCCAAUUUGUUCAGGAUGUGUCACUUGUUAUUAUGGAUGAAAUUCAUCUGCUGGCAAGUGAUCGUGGUCCAAUUCUGGAGAUGAUUGUGAGUCGUAUGAAUUAUAUCGCAUCUCACACGGGGCAGCAAAUCAGACUUUUAGGUAUGUCGACAGCAGUAUCCAAUGCAUAUGACAUGGCCGGCUGGCUAGGAGUCAAAUCGAAUGGUCUAUACAAUUUCCCGUCAAGUGUACGUCCUGUGCCUUUGAAAAUGUACAUCGAUGGUUUUCCUGAUAAUUUGUCAUUCUGUCCACUUAUGAAAACCAUGAAUAAACCAGCUUUUAUGGCUAUAAAACAGCAUUCACCUCAGAAACCAGCUCUCAUUUUUGUUGCUUCUCGUAGGCAGACAAGGCUUACUGCGUUGGAUCUAAUUCAUUUUUGUGGCAUGGAGGAUAAUCCAAGAAGGUUUCUGAAUAUUAGCGACGAUGAGGAGCUACGCUACUACCUGUCGGAAGUAACUGAUGAUACAUUGCGUCUUUCUCUGCAAUUUGGUAUAGGGUUGCAUCAUGCAGGUUUGGUAGAGAAAGACAGAACGAUAUCGCACCAAUUAUUUCAAAAGAAUAAGAUUCAAAUUCUUAUUGCUACAUCAACGCUUGCCUGGGGUGUCAACCUUCCUGCUCACCUCGUCAUCAUCAAAGGAACACAAUUCUUCGAUUCGAAGAUAGAAGGCUACAGGGACAUGGAUUUAACAGAUAUACUUCAAAUGAUGGGAAGAGCUGGUCGACCAGCAUAUGAUACUACUGGUACCGCCAUUGUUUAUACCAGAGAAGCGAAGAAAAUGUUCUAUAAAUACUUUCUUAAUGUUGGAUUUCCAGUUGAAUCGUCUCUUCAUAAGGUUCUUGAUGACCAUAUUGGAGCUGAAAUUGCUUCUGGGGCUAUAGCGAACAGACAAGAGGCUAUGGAUUUUUUGAAAUGGACCUUCCUCUUUAGAAGAGCUCAUCACAACCCGACUUACUAUGGAAUUGAAGAUGACACCACAACCGCAGGGGUUAACAAAGCUCUGAGUGCUCAAAUUGAUGCAACUAUUAACUCUUUGGUAGAAUCUCAAUGUGUCAUCACUUCUGGAAAAGAAAUUGAAGCGACACCUUUCUUGAGCAUCGCGUCUUACUAUUACAUUUCGCAUAAGACGGUCCGAACUUUACUGAGACAAAUUCAUGACAAAGCAAGCUUUCAAGAAGUCUUAAAGUGGCUAUCUCUUGCUGAGGAAUUUAAUGAGCUGCCGGUGAGAGGUGGCGAAAUGAUAAUGAACGUUGAAAUGUCUGCUCAAUCACGUUAUUCCGUAGAAAGCACAUUUGGAGACGAAGAAUUGAAUAUGUUUGAUCCUCACAUCAAAGCAUUUUUACUGCUCCAGGCUCACUUGAGCCGUGUUGAUUUACCGAUUGCUGAUUACAUACAGGACACCAUAUCGGUGCUUGAUCAGUCACUUCGUAUUUUACAGGCUUACGUGGAUGUGGCCAGUGAACUGGGCUUUUUCAGCACAGUCUUAACGCUAAUCAAAUGCAUGCAAUGCAUCAAACAGGGCUACUGGUAUGAAGAUGAUCCUGUAGGAAUUUUACCAGGUUGCGUUCUCAAGAGAAGGAAUAUUGAAAAUUUCAGCGCACAAGGAUUGCUGGAGAAACAUUUUGAUGAUAAAUCAACUCUCAGCUUACAAAAAAUUGGUGAAAUGCCGCACGGGAAGUUGGUCAGCACUAUGCGGAGAUUGGAUGUGCCCGAAGAUGAGCAGAAGCGCUUUUUGAGCGUAUCGUCUAGACUACCGGCUUUGGUCAAUAUUCAGACUGAAGAACAAAAAUCUGCUGACGGAUUAACUAUAUCUGCGAAGCACGCUAAAUCGAAGUGGAACAAAGGUUUCGAGGUUUAUUGUGAAAAAUUCCCGAAGGUUCAAAAGGAACUGUGGUUUUUUAUUGCGUAUAAGGGCGAUGAGCUUAUGAUGAUAAAAAGAUGUCAACCCAGGGAACACGGUAGGGAGGUUAGAGUGACAUGCGACUUUAUCGUGCCAGAAGAAUUGAUGGGCCAGAAAUUAGCGUUCAAGGUCAUCAGCGACGCUCUAGAUCUAGAGUAUGAUUUCGACUAUCAGCUCAGAUCUUAG